AUGCUGCUCGGUGUGUGCCCGCUGCUCCCGCUCGUGCUCGCCGUGGCGCGCGGCUUGGCCUCAUACGUGCCCUGCGAGCCGUGCGACCAGAAGGCGCUGUCGAUGUGCCCGCCCGUGCCCAUCGGCUGCCAGCUCGUGAAGGAGCCCGGCUGCGGCUGCUGUCUGACGUGCGCGCUCGCCGAGGGUCACGCGUGCGGCGUGUACACAGGGACUUGCGCGCACGGGCUGCGCUGCCUGCCGCGCGAUGGCGAGGAGAAGCCGCUGCACGCGCUGCUGCACGGCCGCGGGGUGUGCACCAACGAGAAAGGCUACAAGGCGCCGCACGCGCCCGCGGAUCGUGAAUCUAAAGAGCAUGAUGACACAAUGAAGACUGAUGCGACAGAGGAGCAGCUGCCUCAAGCCAAAGUCCCCUUUAACCCAAAACAAGACAUGAUCAACAGCAAGAAGCAAGCUGCCAUGCGCAAAGAAAAAAAGAAGCAGCAGGAGAAGCUGAGGUCUGUUGGUUCACCGGAUUACCCAGCGCUCCCAAUCGACAAGCAUGAACCAGAAUUUGGUCCCUGCAGGAGAAAGCUGGACGGAAUCAUAAAGGGAAUGAAAGAUACAUCUCGCAUCAUGGCUCUGUCCCUCUACCUGCCCAACUGCGACAGGAAAGGCUUCUUCAAGCGCAAACAGUGCAAGCCCUCCCGUGGCCGGAAACGAGGCAUCUGCUGGUGUGUGGACAAAUAUGGCGUGCAGCUGCCAGGCACUGACUACAGCGGGGGUAACGUCCAGUGCAAGGACCUGGAGAACAGCAACAACAAUGAGUGAGGAGGGACCCGCUGUGAUCACCUGACUCGAGGCUCGCCUCCUUCUUUCCUUCCCACCUGUCCACCCGCCAGUCACUUUGAGAUUUUGAUGCGAAAGAAAAACAAAAAGCAAACCAAUAGAACUACCACAAAAAGCUAAACUGAGGAAGAAAACAAACUCUUUCUCUUUCUGACUGAGCUCUCAUCUCUAACUCAGGGGACCCAGCCAAUCAGAGGGCCUCAGCGGCAUCCGGUUUAAGGGCUGGGUCCCGGCAAAUGAUUUUUAAAAAUAUAUACAUACAAUUAUAUAUUUUUAUAGAAGCUGGGGUUUGAGCACCAUACUGGUAACAUACAGCGGGAAAAAAGAAAAAAUGUAUAUGGCAUGUUGAUGAUUAUUAACAGAGGGCUAUCGGUCUUUUACAUCUUUUGAGAUUGAGGUGUCGUCGGAGAUAGCUUGAACUUGUACUAUUGGAAGAACUAUUCAAUUUUUGUUUGUUUUUGUUUUCCAAAAGAAGAAAACAUGUUAUAGGGAUGUGCUGAUACAGCUGUCUCUUUUGUCUGUCUGGCUAUUUUGGUCCUGUCAGAGCACUUAAUCAUUGGGGGAACCUGCUUGGAAAUGUGUAACUUCACCAAGUUCAAUGUAUGUAUGCGUGUGUGUGAGCGUAUGUGCAUGUGUGGCACAUUUUUAUAUAAGAAUGUCCCCUUUUUCUUUCUUUUUCUGCCACAUAAGCUAGUGGCAAAGACCCCCAUCCCCACGGCAUCCGUAGGAGCAGCGAUAGAGUAGCUCGAACAUAGCAUUCUUUCACUGGCCCACUCGCAGCAUGUCUUUGGGAGCAGGAUGGUGUAGAAACAGAACCCCGUCCCACAGACCUCUCUGUGGCUCCGUGUAGCUUACCUAAAAUGCCAACUGUGCCUAUGUAACCUAACGCUGCCGUGCAGAGUGACCCAGGUGAACGGAGAGCCGAUGGGCUGCCCGCUCGUGGCUGCAGACCAAGGUCCAGUCACGUCCGCGUCUUCUUAGAUUCCUUGCGAGAAGGGCAAAAUCAGUUGGCACCCAUUUGCAGUAAAUAGUAUAAAGGCUUCUGUGGAAGUGUCACUAUCAAAAGUAGGACGUUUGGACGUUUGCGUUUGAGGCAGACGGCAAUGCCCUAAUGCUAGAAUCUCCCCAGAAUUUCUGUUUCAUGGGACGUUCACCUUCUGAGGGCAGUAGCUUCUGUGACGUUUUGGAAUAGCCGUCUUCUUUGGUUUGGUUUUGUGUUUUUUCUUUGCCUUCAGUGAAGUAUCGACUGCCCACUUAUGAGCCAUGUUCCUUGACCAAGUGCUUUCACUGAGCUAGUGAGUGAGCCCUUGGCACAGUAUGUUACCUUUAACUGUAGAUUGAUGAAUGUUUUUCUAACAAAGAACUGGUGCUGGGAAACGGAGUUGUGCGUUUUAGCGUGUUCACGUUGUUCCAUCUACCCUGUCACUUUGCGGCCUAGGUGUUCCCAAACAUCCACUUCUCCCCACCACGCUUCUAGUCUAUUUUCAGGACACAAAGAAGUGCUCACGCUGAUAGUUUGUCUUCAGCACGAUGCAACUUCACGUUUGGUUUUUAAGGGGCAUCAUUGAAACAGAAGGCACGUGUUGCUACCAUGUCAUUUAGUGCAUAAUUUUAUAUGAGUCUGUGUGUGUCUCAGUGCCUUUCUUCAUACAAAUACAUUUGAAUAGUGACGUGAACGUUACACAGUAGCCAAGAGGAUAAAAGAUUUUUUUAUUGUAUUGACGAGGGACCUCAAUUGCAUUCAGAUAUAUACAUGUAAAAUCCAUCACGCCAACACCUUGGAAAAUCACUCCAUGUGAUGAGGCAAAGAUAAGAGCAAGAGCUAUUUUUUCACUAACAGCUCAAGCUAGUGGGUACACCUCUGUCUCUUUUGUUGUUUUUUUUUUCCUUUUUUUUAAUAUCUAUGAAUAAGCUGAAUAUUGAUUUGACAGAGACUGCAAAUGUAUGUAAUCGCUGAAGAGUAAUUUAAGUUGUUGGGUUUUUUUUUCAGUCAAGCUACAUAUAGACAGGGAUACACAGAGGCCUCGUCGGCCAGCUCCAGCUGGAGUUUCCUUCGGAGGGAACCAGCGAGAAAAGCCAUUCCCUGCCACAGUGGUUCUGCUCAGAUCUUAUUACAGAGCUUUGUGUGAUCAUAGUUUCAUGGCUGGGAGGGGGCCAGUAAUGUUCGACACAAUGAGACUGAGAAGCAGCUCCGCUGAGCUUGCCCUCUAGUGCUGCUUCUCUCUGUUAUGGAUAGCUACUACAUUAGAAUAUAUAAAACCCAUCACUCCUGUGUUCUCUCGCAGGUAGACAAAGAACCACAGAAUGUACUGCUGGUGUGUCCGGAUGGAAUGAAUGAGUGAUGAGGGACUCUCUGAAGGUGUGGAGAAAGAGAGAGAGAGAGAAAGAUAGAGUGGGUUAAUCAGAUCUUGAUGGGUGUUUGAAGUAAGUCAUUGCGGAGGUUUAGUUCUCUCUGUUAUUGCACAAAUGGCCUCCAAGAAGGAGGCUGGCACGUGGCAAGUCCAUUCUGCCGGAAUUUACCCAGGUCCUGAUCCAUGCUCAGUGCCCCCUCCCACUUUUUUUUUGUUUUUAUAAAAGCAGCUUGCACUUAUGUAUUUACAAUACUUCUUUUUGCCACAUGACAGCUUCCUCCUAGUAGUGCCGACUCAAAAGCAAACUUCAGUUCAGGUGUUAGGAGGAGCAGGAAGCAGGCCUCAGACACAAAAUACCCUGCCUGGGGAUUUUUUUUUUUAUUCGACAGGGGCUUUUAGUGGCCCAAGCCUGACAACCACCUCUUCAUCUGGUGGGGGGUAAAAAACAGUAAAACGAAAGCUAUUAAUCUCAGUCCAUUCUCCAUCUACUCUUGCAGCUUGCAGACUAUGUGCCUCAAUGGCACCUAGGGAAAGGGAGAGAAGGUGAGAGCCCCAGAUGGGUGAUCUCGUCCUGGGUUCUCAGUGUCCCAUCAGGGGACGCAAGAACACAUACAUACAGCGCAGAACACAUUACAGUAGAUACCGCUAGCAGGCUAGACUUACGGAGCUUUCGGAAUCUGUGAGACAGGUACAAGCAGCCGGAAAAUCUGUGACUACUAGCAUCAAAAGCUGUAGGCGACUUUUUUUGGUUCAAGGUUAACAUGUGGUACAUCAAAUCAUAUGUGGUGAAGUUAUACUGCAAUGUUCCCGAUGCCUUGUUUUCCAUAACGGUACCAAAUGAUCAACUGAAACAGCUGAUGUUCUCUAUCAACCAAAGACAAUGCUCAAAAACAGAAAACUCAUUUCCUGGAUGAUCAUCUAGAACCUGGUCACUGAAAGAAGGAGAACACAACUGACUGAGACUCUCUAAUCAUAUCUGUGCUGUAGAGAAAGGAGAACAGUCAAGCCACAAUGCCACUGUAGUGUUGCUCAGUACCUUCACCAGAUUCCGAAUCUCCACAUGGUUAGACAACUACAAUAUACGCUCAUGAUACGGUAGUUACAGCUCUUUCUGAAUGCAUAACAGUUUCUUCUUGAUUUUUUCUUUUCUUUUUUAUUUUGUGGAUGAGAAAAGACUUGAUGAUUGAUCACCCUGACAUGUGGCCUAACUCGGCGUUUGGGGGAAAAAAAAGGACCCAUUUGUGGCAGGAGGACCGUGAAAACAGCAUUUGGAACUCUUAAUAAAACAAAUAAAAAA